ACAGCAGUAGAGAAAGUAGGAAGAACUGAAGAAGGAAUAGAGAAGGAGAGAAAGGUCAACGAGGCAGCCAGCGCGCGAGAAAGAGGCUGUUUGUUUAGGAGGUCAUGGCGACGGCGUACGCAGGCGCAUCCUCGAUGACGGCAGCGGUACUGGGGCCUCGUCUCCCCCGUACCAAGUGUUCAACUUCAAGCAGCUCUUCCUUGCCUUACCUCCCACCUCGCCCGGCCACUCACUCCUUCUCGACCUCUUUCUUGCACGUCUCAGAGAAUCGCAGGUUUCCUUCACUUCAAACCAGAGCUUCUUCAGACGAAACAUCUGGUUCAGUUGAAGUUGGAGAGGUAUUCACAGAUUUGAAGGAGAAGUGGGAUGCUCUUGAAAACAAGUCGACAGUACUACUUUAUGGAGGUGGGGCUAUAGUUGCAGUUUGGCUAUCUUCCAUUGUGGUUGGUGCCAUCAAUUCAGUUCCUUUGCUUCCAAAGAUCAUGGAAUUGGUAGGCCUAGGAUACACUGGUUGGUUUGUAUACCGAUACCUUCUCUUUAAGUCAAGCAGAAAGGAACUAGCUUCAGAUAUUGAGGCCUUGAAGAAAAAGAUUGCUGGGAGUGAAUAGAAAGGCAGAUAAGUUGAAUGACAAAGCUUAUCCUACAUAGUUUGGCUCGUUGUUUCAAAAUGGUUCUUUCUAGAUCUCUUAUGUAAGAGGCCUUUGAAUCUUGUACUGUAAGCGCAGUUCUCUUUGUUUUCUUUUAGCUUUGUACCAACCAGCUAGUUUCUUCUUGGAGUGACAGCUGGUGGUUUUCUUCAGAAAUAAUUCCAAAGCUUGUUUGUUGGUUGAGGCUGAGAAGGUUUACCAUCAACCCGGAUUAGCAUUCUAAUUUCA